AUCGUUCCCUAAUUUUUUUUUUUUUAGUUUUCGUUCGCAAUAUACUAGCAAAUUCCUAUUUCAUUCUAUUGCAGGUGUAAUUAAGAAGAAGAAAUUAAACUAGAUGGGAUUGUUACUUACCAAGCUGAGCCAACUCUUUGCCCAGAAGCAAGCGCGGGUGCUGAUGGUGGGUCUUGAUGCUGCCGGCAAAACUACUAUGCUGUACAAGCUCAAGUUGGGCGAAGUUGUGACUACCAUUCCAACCAUUGGAUUUAAUGUGGAGACUGUGGAAUACAAGAGCGUCAGCUUUACCGUUUGGGAUGUUGGUGGUCAGGAUAGGAUCCGACCAUUGUGGAAAUAUUACUACCAAAGUACUCAAGCAUUAAUCUUUGUCAUUGAUAGUAGUGACCGAGAUCGUGUAGCUGAGGCUAGGGAUGAGCUUCACAGGAUGUUAAAUGAGGAUGAAUUGAGGAAUGCUCUGCUGCUUGUGCUUGCAAACAAGCAAGAUCUUCCCAAUGCAAUGAAUGUUGCAGAACUUACUGACAAACUCGGUCUUCACUCCAUCAGUCAACGCCAGUGGUAUAUCCAAAGCACAUGUGCAACCACUGGAGAAGGGCUUUAUGAGGGCAUGGAAUGGCUCUCUAGAAACAUAGCUGACAAGGACUAGAUGGUGGCAUCAUACCUAGCAAGAUUCUGCAGAUGAACUGUAACAACAUUUUUUUGUUGUUAGCUUGCUUUCAAAUCAUCUUCUAUCUGCAAGAUAAAACUGCACUAUAUUGUAAAUUGUUUUUCUGUGCAUUCAAUAUUUUCAUCCAGCUUGUUCCGAACUUAUGGUAUAUUGACUUGUUCGGACAUCUAUGUGACUACCAAUUGAUAUUGCCUAA